AAUGGCCUAAUGUGGAAGCAGAGACCUAACAGAGUGUGAAACUAUUCCGAAUUCGAAGCCUAAAAGUCUCUCAAAGGUGUCACACACUUUGAGUAUCAGCCACAAACGCACCAAUUUUAAAUGCCCCCACUACCAUUACUGUAGCCACACCUAUAUCUUUCUUGUCCAUCUUCUUCUUCUUUCAGAUCUGUCUGCAACAAAAAAACAAACACAUAACCCGCAUAGCAAACUUUCACUUUCUUCAUCAGAAUUCUCAUAUAUAUAUAUAUAUAUAUAUGGCGAAUCAGCUGGAGAACCUAGUGGAGUCAAUCAAGUCCAAGGUUAGAUCGUUGAAGAAGACAAAGAAGCCGUAUAUAAAGAUGGACAAGAGCUCCAGUGUCAAGGUGGAGAUCCGCAGCAGAAAAGCUCGAAAGCUCAUUGAUAAAACCCUCAAGGUCGCUGAUCGUCCCAGCAAGCGUGCCAUUUCUUGAUAGUUAUCCUCCUCUCUCUCUCUCUCUCUCUCUCUUUUUGUACAUAAUAUAUGCCCACUACCAAUCAGAUCCUCUCUCUCUCUCUCUCUCUCUCUCUUUGUUGCUUUGGCUACCGAAUCUGUGUUUUACUUUUUCUUUAGUUAAACCGUUGGAACCGUUUCGGAUUGGCUUCUGUGCUUUUUUUUUUCUUUUUUUUUCUUCUUUUACUGAUUAAUGAGGAGGUUAAUUUUCAGUUUUUCAA